AUGACUUUUGGCCAGUCUCGCGCAUUAGCGCUUGAUUUCCAAUGGAGCAAAUUCCACACCCUCGUCACUGAGUUUGACACAACAAACCCCAACCCAAAGCCACUCUACGAUGUGUCAUGCGGGAUGCUAGCGCCCCAUCUGAAGAUCAAAUCGAUACAAGAGAAUCGGCAGAUUGGAACUGGCACUGUCCAUGCUAUCAGCAUCAGCCCCGAUUAUUCACUCCACGGAUCCAAGGGCACCCUUCGAGCUAAGAGUCGCCUGCGGACAAUCUACACCCACAUGUCCCACACCUUUUCAGACACAGACAAGCCGGCUAAGAUGAUAUGGACAAGCAAAAGUGGGUUCACAAAGUGGGACUUUAUUUGCUGCGACGAGAACCAGAUACCCGUGGCGAAAUUCACUGCCAAUGUGUGGGCGCUCAAGAAAGUUGCCAAGAUCGAGCUCAUGGGGCCGAAGGCAUUUGAUACGGCGGCUAUGGAUGAGAUAGUGACCGUUGGAAUGACCUUAUAUUACUGCAUGUACCUUCGUAUCAACAAUCCCUUGAACCUUGUUGGCUCUGCUUUUAUGCGAACAGGAAAGGAGGCGCAAAUUGAGGCACCACGGCUGCAACCCGUAGAAGGGGCAGCUCCUUGA